AUGGAUGACGAUGUAGCAUAUAAUUACUUGACGGAGUUAUUGGACAGAAACAUGAUUCAAGUGGGAAGAUUGGAUCCAACUGGAAGAAUAAAAUCAUGCCGCAUUCAUGAUCUCAUGAGGUAUAUGAGUUUGUUCAAAGCUCGAGAGGAAACGUUUUUGCAAUUUUUUGAUCUGAGGAGUAGAGACAAGUUAUUGCCAAGAAAUAAGUUACGGAGACUUGCCAUCUAUACUGAUCAUGUUUUUGAUGAUUUACUUCCCUUUAUUAAAGGCAGAUAUGGCUCUCUUAGGUCUCUCAUAUAUUUUCAAUCUUCGGGAUCUGAACCUUCGGAGAAAGUAUUGAAACUUUUUUUGAAUCACUUUAAGUUCCUUAUAGUUUUGAGACUCGAAUCUUUCGGUUUAGAUACUCAUCAUUCAUGGAAGUUGCCUAAGGAAAUUGGGAAACUUGUCCACUUAAGGUUGUUCAGUAUUCGUGGUAGCCCAGUGGAAAAGAUCCCAGCUUCUAUUGGGAAUUUGAGACGCCUGGAGACUUUAGAUUUGAGGUCAUAUUAUGUAGAAAUAGCAAAUGAGAUAUGGAGGUUGGAGCAAUUGCGACGUUUAUACUUACCUACCCGUGGUACGUAUAAUAUUUUCAGCAAAGAUCGUUUACGACUACCCAAUGUCAAGAAUACUUUGCAAACAUUGUGCAAUGUUUACACAGAGCAUGUUGAUGUAAAUGAUUUUUUGCAACUGACUAAUCUCAAGAAAUUAGUACUCGUGGUGGGUAAAGACUUGGGGAGAAUCUACCACAAUUGCACAGGCGUCAAAUUUACUUGCGUCAGCUCUCUAUCGUUGUUGGCUGAAAACUAUUCGCACAAUGCUGGAGAAGACCGGGUUGAUAUUAUACCUGUAAUAUCAUGUUAUCCUGAAAUUUAUGAGCUUAAAGUGCGCAUGCCAAUAAUAAGGUUACCAGAAGAAAACCAAUUCUCCCAAAAACUUGUGAGGUUAUCAUUAGAGUUGACGGCUCUCAAGGGUGACUCAAUGAGGACGAUAGAAAAGCUGCCCAAUUUAAGGGCCCUCCACUUUGGUAAGUAUAGCUUCAUAGGGAAUGAGGUGGUGGCGUGCUCAAAAGGUGGUUUCCCUCUACUUGAAUCUCUUUCCUUUGAUAACAUCUUGAAAGAGUGGAUGAUAGAGGACGGAGCAUUAACUAGUCUUUGCUAUCUGAGCAUUCGUGAUUGCUAUCGCUUGAGGAAGCUUCCAGAUGGAUUAAGAAACAUCACAACUCUCAAGGAAGUGAAGAUUGAAGGGUGCCUAGAAUUGAGAGAGAGAUUAGAGGAAGGAGGAGAGGAUUUCUACAAAGUCCAACAUGUGCCUUCACUUGUAAUCACUUAA